AUGGAUAUGGAUGCCAUUCAGACCGCAACUGUUGUAUGUCCAAACCGAGUUAACGACACGGAAUAUAUCUGGCAUCCUCAAUCAACGUCUGAUGAACGCGAUCAAAUCAACACGUACGUGGAUGACAAUGGUUCGUUGCGUUCCGCUGCUCUAUCGGAUGUGAUGCAUUCUCAAUCCGGCAAUCAACACUUCUCGUUCUUAUCGAAUGAUUCGCAAACGGAAUUGCAUUAUAAGAAGAAUCCUAAUCAGUUGAUUGCCAUGACCGAACGCCGUUUGAUAUUCAUAUGUGGGCCGCGAGCUAUGGUUUUGAGCGAUGCAUUACAGCGCCACCUGCACCGGCUUGAUGGCUUCGCCGAAAUGCAAGAGUUUCCGUGGGUACCAUCCACACCAUUGACUCAAGAAAUAUCAAAAAUAGGGAAUGGAUUGGGUGUGGUUUUCCUAAACAGAGGCCGCCAGCAUCUACCGCUUCAGGGCUGUGGAAGCAGCCCCUCGCCACUAUUCGCUCCGGAUAAUGAGGUUACUGUAGACCCUGUAACCGGCACACGUUCAUGCGUGGCAAAUCCUAUGUCGUUAUCACCCAUAGGGUUCCUUUGUGAAGGACGGAUUGAACCUGCAGAUUGUAUGAGAUCACUCUUGGACAAGAAUGGCGGAGUGGUGGUUGCUCCUCCGCCUCACCUUUAUUGGAACUUCCAUAAUUAUGGUCCUUGGAUGGCGGCACGAUAUUUUAAUGACUUAGCAAUCCCUAUGUUCACUGGCGAAUGCAGAUGCAUAGAUCCCGAGACAGGUCACGUAAAGGCCAAGAUAGAGAUUCGUCCCCAAACCGAGUACGUCUGUGACAUUUCCAGCCUGAUCGAACGCCACCGUGCGAAUCCUAUCAACGGCCCUUGGUGUUCGGUGGUUCUCCAUCCCGGCAGCACCUUGACCAUACGGUUCCCAACAGCGGAUGUAGAUUCGGUGUCUAACGAUGCAACGCAACUGCUGCCUACUGAUCAAUUCGAAGCUGAAUUCUUGCCGAAAGACUUGACCACACUGCGGCAACUUAAAACAACAUAUGACUUUGAUGUGUACGAAGAAAUCUCAUACAACGAAGCACUUGCAGGCGACGCCCUCGAGAUGGAUGUUUCCCAAAUGGCCCAGGGUGAGGUAAAACUGAAGUACCAUGCGGACAAACCUCUCGCGUUAAAGGGGGGUCACAACUCGUUUUUGUAUCAGUGGAGACUGAAAUCCACGAAUGAGGAUGUUCCAGAUAAGAUACGAGCCAUCGUCAAAGUGGUCUUUGCGUUGACGCACCCCUACCAUAUCAUUGGUAGUGACCGAGGUCUACGGAGUGUGUUUGAUCCUAAACUUAACAAGAGGUAUUGUUCAACCAAAUCUAUGGGGAAUGAUAUAGGGAAUACGUAUGAAUGCUCGUAUUUUAAAAACUCGAAGAUUGAGUCUGCCGGCAUUUUCUGCAGGUCAGAUGAGAAGCUGUUGCCAACGAACUGUGAUUCCACAGGGUACGACCGCUCAUCCAAUCGAGUGAUGCCAUUUCCCGGAUCUGUGCGUAAUGCAACUCCAUACCCCAUUCAAGGUUUUCAGGUGUUCGAUAUUGACUUGAACGGCGAUAACCCUGUCAGUUAUGCUUGCGUCUGCGUUGAUCAACGUGGGUAUGAGACAUCUAGGCUUAUCUUAGAGCAUAACACACGUCAGCUAUACGCAUUCCCGACAUACCGUAGAAAGACGAAAACACACUGGUUGCUUGGAGACGUCUCACGAGAUCAGGAGAAAGUCGGACUGUUACUUGAAGUGUCCACGCGAGCAAGGCCUAUUAUGUUUAAGCACAAACCAAAAAAGGCGAUUACACUGAAUGUAGGCACAACGUUGUCCAUGACUUGUGAUCUUGAUCCCAACGAACAGAACGUUGCAAAUAAUAAAGUAAUACCGUCGGCAUGGUGGCCAAAGGAACCCGACACAUCCUAUUAUACCAUAAAACAGACAGAAGACGGGCCUCAACUUUUUAGUAAGAGAUACACAGAUUCAAUCGCUAGUACUACGAAUGAUUUUCGAAUCACGUACAAUAUUUUUGAAGAGCAAGGAUUUGAACGUGUGACGAUAGAAUCUAAUAAAGGGGCCAUCUUGGUAUCCAAGGAUGCGGAAAACACGAAAUUUGUGCCCAUAACAUUCGUCUGCGGCAAAUUGCUCGAACCGAUGGACGUAGGUGUAAUAACUGGUAAAAUAUAUGUAUCUCCAUAUACACAUAUCGUAGAAUCGUCACAACUGUAUGCUUGGCACGUCGUGGAAGUUAACGUCGAGACCACAGACCCCUAUAUGCAAGGCUGCGGCGUCACCUACGAAGCGGAUGAGUUGUUCAAGCCUGAAACGCCCAAACUCUACGACGCUGACGGGCAACCUCAGUUCGGCUGCAAGAUUGAUCUUCAGGCUGCCAAGGAAGCUGCGUUCUACUGCCCGGCGCCGUAUGUCCUCGACCCACCCAACUGCUUCAGCCAAGUAUUAGUGGACGGUGAAGUAAGGAACAUAAGCGGCCUCAGCCAGUCGUUGGUAGCGUCGCAUUCCAACCAUUUCGUCAUCCUGGGCUUCGAUAGUUCUCUUGUAGGACCCGGGGAGACGCUGCACCAGACGCCGCCAUUGCAAUGCCGCUGCGUGACCGUCAAGGGAAUCGUUCUCUCCACCAUACAGAUCGAGAACUACUAUGCCAAGUAA